AUGUUUGCCUUUACGUCACUUGGUGUCAAUUAUGACAAAGAUUUAGCCAACAAAUACCGUGGUAUCUAUACAUUUAGGGUUCAAGAACAGAUGUAUCACUUGAUAGAUGAUUUAUAUCCCAGAGAAAGAGGGCCGAGAAAUUUGCAACUCUACUUUUAUGAUAAUGCAAAUGAGCUUGAAAAUAGAAUGGUUUGUUCAGAUAAAUUAAAUGAAUCAGCAGUGAAGAAACUGAUGGACAUACUAAAGGAUAAUCCAUACUCAAUGUUUCUGCGAUCCUUAACGGACAUGUCGAACUUGCAAAACUAUCAUAUAGCACUAAAAUGUGAAGCUGGAUUGGAUCAACGUGUAUAUUAUAUGCCUACUACUAUUGAAAUUGCAGCAAUAUGGGUUGAUGAAUAUGAUGGUUCUGUUAUUCAUGCACUACAUCUUCAAAUUUAUACUCACAGUGACAGGACACAAAGAGUGAACUAUUAUUUUGGGUGCUAUGACCCUUUACAGUACCCGCUGUUAUUUCCACAUGGUCAAAGCGGGUGGCAUUGUGGUACUAAAAAGCUCCCCAAACCAGAAAAUAUUCCUAGAAGUCGUACUCUUGAAUUUGAACAAUUGCCAAAUAUAAAAAGUUUCACCUCUAUGAGGAACGAUGAUGAAGAUGAAAUUUUGCAUACCGGAAGGUUAUUCCAGCAGUAUUCAGUUGAUGAAUAUAUAAAAUUGGAGACACAAAGGUUGGACUUUGUUUCGUUCAACCAAGAUUUGUUCAGAAUGGGUAUACUGCAAAGACUUCUUGAUAUUCUAAAACUUGGCGAACGAGAUGCUUCUAAUGUUGGAAAACAAACAUUUUUGCCAAACUCUUUCAUAGGAGGUCCUAGAGAUAUGCGCCAACGUUAUAUGGAUGCUAUUGCAUUAGUUCAACGUUUCGGGAAACCUGAUUUAUUUAUAACUAUGACAUGUAGCCCAUCUUGGAUGAAAAUAAAAGAACAACUAUGGUCAACUGACGAGGCAAAAAAUAGACCUGAUUUGAUUACUCGAGUGUUCAGGGCUAAAAUAGAAGAGCUGAAGACAGAUAUAUUAAAAUGA